AUGAGCGAGGAGAUCAAACCCACCGACGUUGAAAACUACCCUGCCAUGUGGGAGAAGCGCUGGGAAACUGGCGCGACCGGCUGGGACCAGUCCAAGUCCCAUCCUACCCUUGUCGGCUUCCUCAACUCGCCCGAGAGCGAUACCGUAGGCGUUGCGAGGGAAGGAAAGGCGUUUGUCCCCGGCUGUGGACAGGGCUACGAUGUCGACCUGUUCGCCCGCCGUGGUCUCGACGCGACUGGUCUGGACGUCGCACCGACCGGUGUCGUCAGUGCGAACAAGUGGCUCGAGGCCGAGAACGACAAGGCGCCCCGCAAGGCGUCUGCCAAGGUCGUCGAGGGCGACUUCUUCAAGUUUAACCAUGGCGAGGGCUAUGAUUUGAUUUAUGACUACACCUUCCUCUGUGCCCUUCCCCCGACCCUCCGGGCCCAGUGGGGUCAGCGCAUGACCACCAUCUCCCGCGCUGCCCCCGGAACGCGCCUGGUUACCCUCCAGUACCCGCUCAACGGCAACCCGCCCCCGUUUGGUCCGCCCUUCAGCCUGACAGAGGACGAGUACGUGCAGCACUUGGGCAAGGACUGGGAAGUCGUUUGGUCCAAGGAUGUGCCCGAGGAGCAGAAGCGCGUCAACACGCCUCCAGGCGGUGAGAGGCUUGUUGUAUGGAAGAGGAAGCUGUAA